UCAGUCCCUUCGCUCUCCACUAUCAUUCAGCUGAAUGAACGGCCCCGCACAGGCAGCGCAGGGCAUCGGCUCUCUGUUUAGUCAGGCCACCGCGUGACUGAAUUUGGUCGUUGUGCCUGGUGACAGCGACAAGGGAUUAUUAUUAUCGAGCAGCAAUUGUUUUUUCCGCAACGACGCUGGAAGAUCAUGCCCCCUAGAUAGCAGCCUCGUCCUCCUCUCCACUCCCCCUCCCUGCCCCUGGCCCCUUCCUCUACUUUCCUGGUCCAGCACCAUCACUGCCACCUGUGUCACCACAGCCACCAUGCCCCCCAGGAAGAGGACGCGGCCGGGCCUGGGCUUCCUGUGCUGCUUUGGCAGCAGCGAGCCCCCGGAGAUCAACCUCAAGGACAGCGUGCCCCUGCAGCUGCUGGAGUUCAGCGCCCCCAUGCCACCCGCUGAGGAGCUGCACGCACGUUUCUCUGAACUGGUGGAUGAACUGGACCUUACGGAUAAGAACAGGGAGGCCAUGUUUGCUCUUCCCAAUGAGAAGAAAUGGCAGAUCUACUGCAGCAAAAAGAAGGAGCAAGAGGACCCCAACAAGCUGGCCACCAGCUGGCCCGACUACUACAUUGACCGCAUCAACUCCAUGGCUGCUAUGCAGACCCUGUUCGCCUUUGACGAGGAGGAAAUGGAAAUGAGGAACAAGGUGGUAGAAGAUCUGAAGACAGCACUGCGGACUCAGCCAAUGAGGUUCGUCACACGCUUCAUUGAACUUGACGGCCUCACCUGCCUCCUCAACUUCCUGCGCAGCAUGGACUACGAGACGUCAGAGAGCCGCGUCCAUACCUCCGUCAUCGGCUGUAUCAAGGCGCUGAUGAACAACUCCCAGGGCCGCUCGCAUGUCCUGUCCCACCCGCAAAGCAUCAACACCAUCUCGCAGAGCCUGCGGACGGAGAACAUCAAGACCAAAGUGGCGGUGCUGGAAAUUCUUGGGGCAGUGUGCCUGGUGCCCGACGGACACAAGAAGGUCCUGCAGGCCAUGGCACACUACCAGAAAUACGCUGCCGAGCGGACUCGCUUUCAGACGCUGUUGAAUGAGCUGGACAAGAGUACAGGCCGCUACAGAGACGAGGUCAACUUAAAGACUGCCAUCAUGUCCUUCAUCAACGCUGUGCUCAACGCUGGAGCUGGGGAGGACAACCUUGAGUUCCGCCUCCACCUAAGGUACGAGUUCCUGAUGUUGGGCAUCCAGCCGGUCAUUGACAAGCUCCGAGAGCACGAGAACGCCACUCUAGACAGGCAUUUGGACUUCUUUGAGAUGGUGCGGAAUGAGGAUGACUCUGAGUUGGCCAAAAGAUUUGAUAUGACCCAUGUAGAUACUAAGAGUGCCGGUGCCAUGUUUGAGCUGAUCAAGAAGAAGCUGAGCCACACAGAUGCCUACCCAAACCUCCUCUCCAUCCUCCAACACUGCCUGCAGAUGCCCUACAAAAGGAGCGGUGGCAGCCUGCAGCACUGGCAGCUCUUAGACAGGAUCCUUCAGCAGAUAGUCCUACAGGACGACAAGGGAGAGGACCCCGACAACGCCCCCCUGGACAACUUCAGUGUUAAGAACAUAAUUCGCAUGUUGGUCAAUGAGAAUGAGGUGAAACAGUGGCGAGACCAGGCAGAGAAGUUCAGGAAAGAUCACGUGGAGCUGCUAGCUAAACUAGAGAGGAAGGAGCGGGAGUGUGAAACCAAGACCCAGGAAAAGGAGGAGAUGAUGAAGACUUUGAACAAGAUGAAGGACAAACUCCAGCGCGAGGGAGUGGAACUGCGCUCAGCCAGGGAACAAGUCUUGGACCUGUCCUCACGCAUCAGUGACAUAGCCGGCGGCAAUGUGUCUUUCCCGCCUCCUCCUCCCCCUCCUGGCGGCCCUGUGGCGCCACCUCCACCUCCGAUGAUGGGUGGCUUUCCUCCCCCUCCUCCUCCGCUACCAUUCAGCUGCCCGCCUCCUCCACCGCCGCCUCCUCCACCUGGAGCACCGCCUCCUCCACCAGGAGCUCCUCCAACUUUUGGAGCCCUGCCUCCUCCUAUUCCCUCUUCAUUCAACUCAGCGACCACCAUGCGCUCUAAGUCCGUCCCUCAGCCUUCUCAUCCCCUGAAGUCCUUCAACUGGGCCAAACUAGGAGAGAAUGUGAUCAAUGGCACCAUUUGGAAUGACAUCGAUGACCUGAGAGUUUUCAAGAUUCUUGACCUCAAGGACAUAGAGAAGAUGUUUUCAGCCUAUCAGAGACAACAGGACCUGCUCACUAACCAAUCCUUCAAACAGAAAGAGACGGGGUCUAUGGAUGACAUAUACGUCAGCACGCGCAAGGUCAAAGAGCUGUCAGUCAUCGACGGUAGACGUGCACAGAAUUGUGUCAUCCUGCUUUCAAAGUUAAAAAUGAGCAAUGAAGAGAUCAAGAGGGCGAUCCUAGAGAUGGAUGAGAGAGAAGAGCUAGCCAAAGAUAUGCUGGAGCAGCUUCUGAAGUUUGUCCCAGAGAAAAGUGACAUUGAUCUCCUGGAGGAGCACAAACAUGAGCUGGAGCGGAUGGCCCGGGCUGAUCGCUUCCUCUUUGAAAUGAGCAGAAUUGACCACUACCAGCAGAGACUGCAGGCUCUGUUCUUUAAGAAGAAGUUUGCAGAGCGUCUCGCUGAAACCAAGCCUAAGGUUGAAGCCAUCCUGAAUGCGUCUAAGGAGGUGGUCCGGAGCAACAGGCUGACUCAGAUCCUGGAGGUGGUGCUGGCCUUCGGCAACUUCAUGAACAAGGGCCAGAGAGGCAACGCCUACGGCUUCAAAGUCUCCAGUCUCAACAAGAUCGCUGACACCAAGUCCAGCAUAGACAGGAACAUCACCAUGUUGCACUACCUGAUCAUGAUCUUUGAGAAGAACUAUCCUGACACACUGCACAUCCAGCAAGACCUCAGCAGUGUACCAGAGGCUGCCAAAGUCAAUUUGGCAGAGUUGGAAAAAGAGGUGCACAAUAUCAAAAGUGGACUGAAGGCUCUAGAGGCGGAACUGCACUACCAGCAGAGCAGGACGAGGGAACGUGGGGAUAAGUUUGUGGCUGUGAUCGGUGACUUCAUCACUGUGGCUGGCUUCAGCUUCUCUGAACUGGAGGACCAGCUGAGUGAAGCCAAGGACAAGUUUACCAAAUCGCUGAAGCACUUUGGGGAGGAAGAGAGGAGGAUGCAGCCCGAUGAGUUCUUCGGGAUCUUCGACACCUUCUUGCAGUCGUUCAACGAAGCGCGGCAAGACCUGGAGAACAUGCAGCGACGUAAAGAUGAGGAGGAGAGGAGGGCGCGAAUGGAGGCCAUGCUCAAGGAGCAGAGGGAGCGGGAAAGGCGGGCCAAGAAGAGCGGCGCCUCAGACGAGGCCGGCGGGGAGUUCGACGACCUGGUGUCGGCAUUGCGUUCCGGUGAGGUCUUCGACAAGGACCUGAACAAAUUCAAGCGGAACCGCAAGCGCUCCGUCAACCAGCUGGUGGAGGGUGGGGGCCGCGAACGGGCUGUCACCAAGGUCAACUACUAGGUCGGAAGAAGCAAAAAAAAAUAAAAUAACUCUAGACACCUAAAUUCUGCCGUGGUGUAGAUCUCUGAACACCUUAAGUCCAGGUCCUCGACCGGUGACCAUUGACAUUGGAGAGGAUGUAAAUAACGGCUGGACUAGACAUGUAGCGACAUGUGUGGACAGCCACGCCGUUUUGAAGGAUGCAAUGCUCUCCUCUGAUUGGUCUUGUAAAGCUAUUUCUAACCGGUUUGUCCUGGGCGUUAUGAUCUGGACAAAGGACAGUUGGGAUCGAUGGAUGGACAGACAGACGGACAGACAGACCACUGUGACACAUUAGCCCAUGUCUUUUGACCAUAUCCUUUUAACACUGUGCUCAAGCUUCCAGCUCUUCAUCACCCCCUGUUUUUCACUGCUCUCUUUAUUUUUUAUUUUCCCCCUCACAAACCCUUCACCGUUCCUCUCUUAAGUUCCUUGGUGCAGGAGCAGCCCAAUCUUUUUGCUAUCUGGCUCUAAAACACACAGGAAAUUGGGAUCAGCCAGUCACUGUACAUAGACACGAGGCCAAGAGAAAGGACUGGAAAAGGGACUUCGGGCUGAUUUUAAAAACAAACAGAAAAAGAAGGUGGGAAGGUGGAACUAAGCCAUAACCUCCACAGUCAUGGUUGCUUCAAGUGUCCUCCAGAACAGAGACUUUCCAGCCACAGAAUAGGUGGAUAUUCAUGAACUUCCUUUACUGCAAAGAAGGGCAUGCAGUCAGCAAAUCCCAGAAUGCUUUGUAGGCUUCUGAAAGAGUUGGGAAGGAUUCACGACCGAGGGGGUUUACGCUUCAAAACAGAGGAUUCAUCGCGACGGCCUCCUCCAGCACACAGCAUUCCCAGGGAGGACGUCCGUGCAUCCCGAGGUGCGAUUUCAGAGGACACGACUCUCUUUUCGAGGAAAUAAAAAAACAAAACUAUUUCUCAGCUUGAUCCGCAUGACAAAACGAUGACUGUGCCACAAGGGUCAAGCCUCACCUACACUCUCAACAUUGUUCUGGCAUUAACCAGUGCCAAAGCAAAGAGAAAACAAAUGUAACUGUAUUAAUACAAAACAAUACUGCAAUUAGGCGUCGAUAUAUAUUUAUAUUUAGAUGCAGACAAACUAAUUGCAAAGAUGUCGAGGUUUUUUUAUGUUUUCAUGGCAUUUUUAGGGUUUUGUACACGCAGUGCAUUAUUUGUUGGUGUUGCAAGUUCACAUUGCUGUUGAAGUGAAUUUGUAUACAUUUUGACACCUGUAUGUCUUGUUUGCACUGUAGCUCUUCUGACAAACGUUACACUCCUAGGUCUCCACAAGCCAUCCACAGUGUCCUCUGGAAGAAAAAAAAAAGUCCUCUCUGUACUUAAAUUGCACUUAUCUAUAUAAAAAAAAAAGACAGUGAAGGAAUAAAUUUAAACUUAAAGGCACAAUCUGCAGUUAGUUUGCAGUGCUCUCCCUGCUCAGCUGUCCGUGUGCAUGAUUCACAUCUGAAUGUGUUGUCUGCUCCAUCGGCUGCAAGUAAAGUCCAGGCCAUGUGGACUCCAGGUGAAUAGGAUGCUGUAUAGCAGUUCUCAUUGGGCCUUUAAUGGCUCUCAUCCAUAGUAUCUGUUCCACUGGUGCUAGAACAUGUGGUCUCUGGACAGAGCCAUCAGUCCAGUUGAGGAUUUCGCAAGUUAAAGUAGUGCGUGAUCACUCUGUUACCAAGAUUCAGGCUCACCAUACAGUAUUUCUGUGCGUUUUUAUUUCAGUUGGUAUUGUAAUAUCCGACCACACCAUGUGAUGAGUCUGUCAUUGCAAAGUCAAGGUAAAACAAAGCAUGUAAAAGGGUGUGAAAAUUCGUGUAGUGGCUUGAUGCAAAUAUUUAAGGUUCUUUAAUGGAAGACAUUGACCGGACACUAACAAAGACAACAGCCUCAGAGAGCUUCAUAGAAAACAGUCCUUACUUCCAUCUCUCCUUCCAGCUUCUCUCAAACGUAAGUUUGCAUAUGACCCAGUUAUUAUUGGCAACCUGCUGCUAGCUAAAACGUUAGCAGUAGGCAUGACAAGGGCUGCCAUGUGAUGUAUGGGCUUAGAUGUUCUUCUUGAGGAUGGACCUACAGUAGCUUACUACAGGAAGUGUACCCACAGAGAGGGCUCUAAUCCUGGGGUGAGGGCUCCGCUGUGGAAGGAGCCAGUCCUGGUCAGUUCUUAGGAGAUGAGGAAGUUGAUAGGUUCACACUCCAUUUUGGGAGAUAAAAUGAAAGGAAGGAUCUAUUAAAAACAAGAAUCAUAUGCCACAUAUGAACAUACGGCGUCAUAUAAGCAGGUAGAGGGUAACACGUGCAUAAAGUUCACAUGAAAAAUCCUGGUGGUAAUCCAUUUUGUUCUUAGAUAACCCGUUUUAGUCAUUCCAUCUGCAUGCGUGGUUAGAUAUAGUACAGUAUGAGCCAUAUGUAAGGUGUCCAGGGGUACAGUAGGAAGAUUGGACUUUGUCUUUUUCAGAGCAAAUCUAAAAAUGGGAACAUCCUGUGUUUAAUCUCCUCUGUUAGCCCAUGCAUGCAGGUUUCCUAAUAAUCCAGAAUUAGAGGAGGCAAAACAAAUAUAAGGCCGGGAAUCUAGCUACGCUUUUUCUUCACAGCUUUAUGUUCUGGAAUAUAUCCUUAUUACAUAUAGAUUGGCUGAGUUUGACAGGCCAAAGGAUUUGCACAACAGCCCCUGGGUUAGUAAUGGAUAAAAGUUGUGAUUGUUCUCAUAGUAACAUCAAGGACUCGUACUGCAGUUCCUUUCUCCAUUCCUCAUUUUAAAUUAGAGGAAUGUACUUGGAGUAUAUACAGUAGUGUUACAAAACACAAGACACUUCCAAUAUCGGAUUAUUAAAUUAUUAUUAUUAUUAAAUAUCAGUUUUUAUUUAAUUUGCAGUGUUUCAUGAAGAUCUCUGCAGUAGUAGUGGCUAUCCCAGUUAGUCUUUGUUCCUUAAUUCUGCCACAUUUUCAUUUUCAGCUUUAAGUGCCUCUGACCUUGAUUUCACACAUGUACGAUUCCUAUUAUUGUGUUUUAGUGCUUGUGGCUUUCCAAAAAAAAUGUACUGUGUAUGCUAGUGAAAUGCAGCUGACAGUGGGAAUUAGACUAACUGGCGCCAUCUUGUGGCUUCAGAUAGUUCACUUGGUGUUACACCUGACAUCGCAAGCAGUUAGAAGCAGUUCUCCAAAGUGUUAACGUGAUAUGACACUUGACCCCAUCUCUAGGCACAAUAACUCACCAAAGUCUCCUAAAAUGAAGUCCAACGGGUGUACUAAAGUGUGGCUGGCAUGUCAUCAGAGAGGUUUGACCUAUUACCUGUACAGACAAAAUCCCACUCCCUUUUCUCCUAAACCUCUAUUUAAUCCAUAAUAGGUCAUUUCACAGAGACACCUCAACCUACCAGGAGUUUAUUCCUUUAAUUUGUACUCAAACGGAAGCAGGAGAGAAGCUGAUGUGAGGUUGAAAGGACAAUGUGAGUGCAGAGGGGAUCGCAUGUCCCACACUUUAGAGAUUAACCAGUAAACCAAAUAGAUUCAGACACUUUGAAAAACCUGAAAAGUCUAUUAAGUCCUAAGGGGAAAAUGACAUAUGAUUGCUUAUUCUUUAACCAGCAUCUUAUGUAUAUUUGAGCUAUUCUAUUUCCUAACCUCUGCUCCUUUGUCUUUCGAGUUAAUCAGAGUUAGUAUAUCAGACUUUGGCAGACCCUUUAACUCUUAAUCCAGAGUUUUAACCCGUAUUGUAGUGCAGACUAUUUACUGAGGGGUAUUGCAACAUUGUCAGUAUUAUUACAUGUUUAUGUUGUUACAUGUUUGGAUGUUUAUUUGGCCAUUGACUGGCUGAUUUUGGAGUGUACAGAUGGAAAUCAGAGGAAUGAAAUUAGUAGCUUGUUCAAUGCACUUUUAAUAUGGGACAUUUCCAUUUGCAGCGCCAUUUUGAGGGCUUAGAAUCCUCUAGAAAUGAGAAGGGUGCAACGAAAGUGAUGCAAAAAAAAAAAAAACAUGGUGUGAAGAAUAAAGAGAGGAAAAAGGGUGAAGUGAGGUUGGGGACUCCGGCUGGGCCGCUGGAAACACAUUAAUAUUCUGUUGGAUGGCAGAGAUGGGAUUUGUGGGGACAUAGACACAAAGAGGUGACACUCAUAUGUAACAGGAGUGUAUUGAGUUUUAAAUCCUCACCUGUCACCUGCUUUAGUGUGUAAAAGAAAAAAGGGGGGUGUUUUCUGACACCACCACAUUUCUGUCAAAAAACGCACUUGGCGUCGACCUGCAUGCCUAAAGAAGGGUGCACAAAGUUUGAUGUGUUGACUUCAACCUUUAAUAGAAAAUUGCUUGCAAUAUGAAACACACCUGUUACACGACAGUUUGCUCACCCAGUUUUAGAGGUUGUAUAAUUGUGAGGAGUCAGUAUUUUUAUGGUUGGAAAAAAAAGAGUGUCCUCCACCGAAAGAUGUACAGUUGGAGGAAAAAAAAAAGCAUUUUGUACACCAUUCUUGAUGUUUGAGAUAAGAUUUAAAAAAAAAAAAAGAUUAAAACAUUGAGGAAUGUUGCAUUUUCCUGUAAAUUGUACCUCUAUUUAUUUGCCUUAUUUAGUUUGCUAUAUUUUGUAUGUACACACAGCAUUACAACAAAAUGUUAUAUUAAAAAUAUGAAUAAUUAAACUGUGGUCCUGUAUGAUGGAUAGUUUUGAGACUUGUAUAAGAAUGAGAUUUUUUUUUUCAUUUCUAUAAUUUUAUUUUUGUUUUGUAUUUUUUUUUCUCACCCUGUGUCUUUUGUAGGGUUACAAUAAACUUUUGUCCCUUA